GCGCCGGCCCUUCCCCUUCUGUCCCGCGGCCGUAGCAGCGACCCCAGGCAGACAGCAUGGAGAUCGUGUACGUGUACCUGAAGAAGCGGAGCGAGUUCGGGAAGCAGUGUAACUUCUCCGACCGCCAGGCUGAGCUCACCAUCGACAUCCAGCCCAACCCGGAGCUGGCCGAGCAGUUCGUGGAGCGGAACCCCGUGGACCUGGGCAUCCAGUGCUCCACCUGCAUGUCGGAGCAUGAGGUCAACACAGAGAGGUUCGAGAUGGAGACCAGGGGGGUUAACCACAUGGAGGGGGGCUGGCCCAAGGACGUGAACCCCCUGGAGCUGGAGCAGACCAUCCGCUUCCGGAAGAAGGUGGAGAAGGACGAGAACUACAUCACAGCCAUCAUGCAGCUUGGCUCGAUCAUGGAGCACUGCAUCAAGCAGAACAAUGCCAUCGACAUCUACCAGGAGUAUUUUGAUGAUGAGGACCCAAUGGAGGUGACGGACGAGGCCCCUUCGGCUAAAACCAUCAAUGUCUUCAGGGACCCCCAGGAAAUCAAGAGGGCAGCCACGCACCUCUCCUGGCACCCGGAUGGCAACCGGAAGCUGGCUGUGGCAUACUCCUGCUUGGAUUUUCAGCGGGCACCUAUGGGCAUGAGCCUCGAUUCGUACAUCUGGGACAUGGAAAACCCCAACAAGCCCGAAACUGCUCUGAGGCCAUCUUCCCCGCUCCUCACCUUGGAGUACAACCCCAAGGACUCCCACAUCCUCCUCGGCGGCUGCUACAACGGGCAGAUUGCCUGCUGGGACACCCGGAAGGGCAGCCUGGUGGCCGAGCUGUCCACCAUCGAGUUCAGUCACCGGGACCCUGUGUAUGGCACCAUCUGGCUGCAGUCCAAGACGGGCACCGAGUGCUUCUCCACCUCCACAGACGGGCAGGUUAUGUGGUGGGACAUUCGGAAGCUGAGCGAACCCACGGAGCUGCUCAUCAUGGACAUCAGCAAAAAGGAGAAUCUGGACAACUCGCUGGGCGCCAUCUCCCUGGAGUUUGAGUCCACCUUGCCAACCAAGUUCAUGGUGGGCACCGAGCAGGGCAUUGUCAUCUCCUGCAACCGCAAGGGCAAGACGCCUGCUGAAAAGAUCGUGUGCACCUUCUCGGGCCACCACGGCCCCGUCUACGCCCUCCAGAGGAACCCCUUCUACCCCAAGAACUUCCUGACCGUCGGGGACUGGACGGCCCGGAUCUGGUCUGAAGAUAGCCGGGAGUCGUCCAUCAUGUGGACCAAGUACCACAUGGCCUACCUCACCGAUGGCGCCUGGAGCCCCGUGCGGCCAGCCGUCUUCUUCACCACCAAGAUGGACGGGACCCUGGACAUCUGGGACUUGGUGUUCAAGCAAUGCGAGCCAGCCCUCAGCCUCAAGGUGUGUGACGAGGCGCUCUUCUGCCUACGGGUGCAAGACAAUGGGUAUCUCACGGCCUGUGGCUCCCGGCUGGGGGCCACCACUCUGCUGGAGGUGUCCCACGGGCUGUCCACCCUGCAGAGGAACGAGAAGAACAUAGCGUCCUCUAUAUUCGAGCGGGAGACCCGGCGGGAGAAGAUCCUGGAAGCCAGGCACCGAGAGAUGCGGCUGAAGGAGAAGGGCAAGGCCGAGGGCAAGGAAGAGGAGCCGAGUGAGGACGAGAUGGCUGUCAACCUGGAGGAGCUGGUCGCCAAGGCCGAGGAGGAGUUCUUCGACAUCAUCUUCGCGGAGCAGAAGAGGAAGGAGAAGGACGCCAUGCACAAGAAGCCCAUGCUGAUGCAGGACCUGGAGGAGGAAGAAGAGGAGCUUGUGGACCAACAACCAGAUGGCGAGGAAGAGGGGGGUGAGGAGGACAGGCCAGUCUAGAAGACCACAGGCCAUGCUGACUCUGGAGGAAUCCCAGAGGAUCCCCUUCACUGGUUCGGCCACCCUGCAGACCAGCCUGAGGCCACCACCUCGCCCAGUGUGGGCCCCGAUGUCCGAUUCGAUUCACUGACAAUCAUCUUGCUUCAGCAAGCUGCACUGCUCAGAGCGGGGCCUGCCAGAGCCAAGCCCCCCCCACUCCUUGGAGGGGCCUUCACCUCCCCCAUAGUGACUUCUCCCAUCCACAACACAGCAGGAGCACCUGUCAAAGCCACCUCCCCAUCCCACGCCCCAGGGCCUGUCUCACACAUGGGUGCAGGCACUCUGGGUGCUUGCUCUUGUGUGUGGAGAACUUCCUAAGAUUAAAGGACUGAUGGUAGAAAACUCAA